AUGGCGGCGGCGGCGGUGGUGCUGAGUAAUGUCUGGUGCUCAGAUAUCAGGAUGUCUAAAGCAGCAGAGGAGGAGAAGCCUGGGGCUGACUAUCCAGGGGACAGUUCAGACUCUGACAGAAACAGCCCUGAUGACCAGGUUCAGCCAAUGAAAAGCAGCCCCUUCAGCUUCUCCCCCACACCAGCUGGCAGCAAGCAGCUGAUGCUGGCUGGCAGUCAGCUAGCAGGGGACAUCCAGCAGCUGUUGCAGCUCCAGCAGCUGGUGCUGAUGCCGGGUCAUCCUCUCCAGUCUCCUGCCCAGUUCCUCCUGUCGCAGCCAGCCCAGGCGCAGCAGCCACAGCAGGGUUUGCUCUCGACACCAAAUCUGAUCCAGCUACCUCAGCAAAGCCCAGGAGGACUACUGACAACACCACCUCGCCUGGGACUUCAAGCACAGCAGCGGCGCAGCGCCAUGGCUUCCUCACUGAGCUCCAGCUUGACCCCAGGAAGCCACGGGGGUCACAUGGGGGAAGAGCCAAGCGACCUGGAGGAGCUGGAGCAGUUUGCCCGUACCUUCAAACAACGACGCAUCAAGCUGGGAUUCACACAGGGAGACGUCGGCGUGGCAAUGGGAAAACUGUACGGCAACGAUUUCAGCCAGACCACCAUCUCCCGCUUCGAAGCUCUCAACCUGAGCUUCAAGAACAUGUGCAAGCUGAAACCACUGCUGGAGAAGUGGCUGAGUGACGCAGAAACCAUGGCAGUAGACAGCAUGCUGCCCAGCCCCUCCUCUAUCUCCUCCCCCAUGUUGGGGAUCGAGGGGCUGCCCGGCAGACGCAGGAAGAAACGCACCAGCAUCGAGACCAACGUGCGCGUGGUCCUAGAGCGCAACUUCAGCACGAACCAGAAGCCUACCUCGGAGGAGAUCCUGCUGAUGGCGGAGCAGCUCAACAUGGAGAAGGAGGUGAUUCGUGUUUGGUUCUGCAACCGCAGGCAGAAAGAGAAACGCAUCAACCCCUCCAGCAGCACCACCCCUCCCCUGCCCAGCCAGACCUCGCCUGUUGUGACGCACAAAGCCUCCUGCUACAGCCCGCACAUGAUUUCGAGUCAGGGUCUGUCCCAGGUCACCACCAGCCUCAGCACAACAGCUGGCAGUUCGUCACCCUCAUGCCCCAUGACUCCCGUCAGCUCGGCCGCAGUCGGCUCCACCUCUUCCUCUGUGACUCCACCUCCUCAUAGCACAGCCAGCCCCGCCCCUCCCGGCCUCGGGGCCCACGGGCUCAACACUGGGAACACGAUGAUGGGAGUAAGCACAGGGAUGAACCAGGCCCUCAUUGGCAGCAAUACCCUGGCUACCAUGCAAGCCCUGGCAGCCAGCACUGGUCAGCUGCCCAUCUCCAGCCUUGAGGGGGGAGCGGGUCACAUGCUUCUGGGCGGACCUGGAGGUCCCCCAUCCCUCCGCCCCUCCCUCUUCCUCAACCGUCCAACCCUCCUCCCCAUGGUGACCGGUUCCAUGGCGACAGCCUCCACGCCCGCCAUGGGACUGGUCAGCAGCAGCGGCGGCGGUGGGUGUGGCCCGAGGCCUUCCUUCUCCCAGUCUCAGCCGCCCGGCGACCUCAUGAGCCCGACCUCGUGCCCCGAGGAGUCCGCCUCUCCUUGUUCAAGUCCCACCUCUUUCUGUUCCUUCAGCGAAGCCUCGCCGCCGCCCCUGGGAGGGGCCAUGGCAGAGUGA